AUGAAACUAAGCGUUGCAAUCUUUUUUGGAGGUUUGUUCGGAGCUUUUGGGAUUUUGUUAUUUCUGGUUGCUUUUGGAACUGAUUACUGGCUCCUUGCUACAGAAGUUGGAAGGUGUUCAGAAGGGUUGAAUGACACCAGGGAAGAGAUUACUGCUUACCACCAUGAAGGUUUCUUCUGGAGGUGCUGGUUUGCUGGGAGCAUAGAGGAGAAUACUAACAGUAUUUGGAAAUUCUGGUACACUAACCAGGCACCGUCUAAAAACUGCACCCAUGCCUAUCUCUCUCCAUUUCCAUUCUUCCAAGAUGAACACAAUUCAACUGCCUAUGAUUCAGCAAUUAUUUAUCGUGGUUUCUGGUCAGUUCUCCUGCUCCUGGGAGUGGUCACGGUGGUCUUCGCUAGUUUCUUCAUCAUCUGUGCUGCACCUUUUGGCAGUCAUGUCCUCUACAAAGUGGGGGGAGGCUUUUUCAUUACUGCUGGCAUCUUGUUCACAGUGGUGGUUGUGAUGUAUGUCAUCUGGCUCCAGGCAAUGGCUGAUCUCAAUAACUAUGUGACCACAAAGAAAAUAGACUGUCCAGACUUUGCUAUCUAUGUACGCUAUGGGUGGUCUUUUAUUUUGGCUGGAGUAGGCAUAUUUUUUGCUAUGUUUUCAGGAAUGCUGUUCCUAUUGGUAGGGCGUACAAUUCACCUGCACUCUAAUUAAUCCAUUGCCAAGUAUUUCAAUGAUUGGAAUCGUGGUGAAGCUUCACUGG